AUUUCCCCGGUGAUCUAUGGCUGGAGAAGAUUAGCAGUGGAAUUUAUUUGCCACCCAGGGCUGUGGUAGCUGGGGCAGACUGGAGGAUCAUGGAGAAUCUAAUUUACUGAUUGCCGUCCGCUGAUUUGCAUCUGUCUCCCCUGUUAUUGAUGGGAGUCCACUUAGAAGAAUCAACCUCCCCCAUAUCAAAACAAAUCAGCACUGAUUUGAAUGACUUUGUGCAAAAUUUAACAAAUCCCAAACAGGAUUCUAGUGAGCAUACUCAGGACUUUGCCACUAAGCUCGCCAAUCCUGGGAACAAAAUGAGACUGAAAUCUACAGAUUUAUCCAGUCAGUUGAAGGAGAAAUGUGCAAUCAGUGAAACCGGGGAUAUAAGAGACAUUAAACAAAAUUGGAGACAGCGAAUGAUGGAGCGUAGAAUGAGUCGCACCAAGGCAGAGGAUCGCAGCAGUCCGGCAGACUCGUUUGGAUCCACUGACUGUGAUAAGUCGUUUGACAGUGUAUCCUCAGGAAAUAGACCAUCAUUUCAUUGUGACUCGUCAACUGAGGCCUCAGAGUCCGAGUCCCAACCAACACAGAUCUCGGCUAACAAGGAACAGAAAUACACAAAGAAAGAAAAAGAUUCCAAAAAGAGGCGGUUCCGACGCAUGAUUACCCGACCCCUGAGACGUAGUCAGAGUGCGGGCUGUGAGAAAGACAUUCCUACACACUUCUUGGAGAAGAGCACAGAUGAUGAAGAUACAUUGGAAAGUCGUGCAUCUGAGCUGGCAGUCUUCAGUCAACGACUGAUUGGGAACGGUGGUGAGGGCAAGGAGUGUUCGGCUAGAAAACCUGUUUACAAGACCUGCUCAGCAGAUGCAGCCUUAAUGGGAACUGAAGAAAACAACUCACAAUCUCGCCACAAAAAGUCCAGCAAUUUAGCCAAGAAUAUGAAAAAGAAAUUUCAGUUCCUUAGAAGAAGGAAUACAGACACUGCAAUUGGAGGGGAAUGUCACACCCCGUCCUUCAUGCGCCCCUCAUCUGACCAGGCUCAGAGGUGGAGUCGGUCCUUCGACAGUUUACUGAAUGAUAAAGGUGGUUUAGAGUUGUUCCGAGGAUUUUUAAGGUCGGAAUUCAGUGAGGAAAACCUAGAAUUCUGGAUUGCUUGUCAAGAGUACAAACAGUGUGAAGAUGCCAAAAUGCUUCCAACCCAGAGCCAGAAAAUCUAUGGUGACUUUGUGGCUGUUCAGGCACCAAAGGAGAUUAAUUUGGAUUCCAAAACACGAAUGAUAACUGUAACAAACUUAGAACAUCCCACACGGCAUACAUUUGAGGAUGCACAGAAAAAAAUUCAGGCUUUAAUGGAGAAAGACUCUUACCCACGAUUCCUUGAAUCAGACUUAUAUUUACAGUUACUGAACAAUACAACAUCAAGUUCCAAAGCAUGAUGGGAAAUUUUUCAUCUUCAAAAAUGAACUGUUGCUUUUUUGUAAAUAUAAACUCCUGUGAUCUCAAAUUCUAGUCAAAAGCUUUCAGGCAUGUAUAUAGGUGAAGUUUUUUUGAUAUCUAUAUGCUCAUGAUUUCUGUUCUGUGAAAUGCAAACACAGAACUUAUUUGUUACGAUUGUUACAUUUUUGUCUCAUAUUUUAUCAUAUGUACAUAAAAUACAUCAUGUCCAAAUUUCAUGGAAAUUUUGGAUGAAAGUUAA